UGUUUCUCUCCUCUUCAGUGUGACGCCUCACAUCAAGCAGAAGAAGAAAUGCAUGAGGACCAGGAGCUACCAUUUGUGCACCUCUCACAGUCUCUUUUUCAAUGAACUCAGCAGACAUUGUUGUGUCGUAUAAACCAGGUGUGUCAAUGAUUGUAAUACUUUGUUUGUUGAUAAUUCUUGUUUCAGAUGCACAUUCCUUUGUAACAGACAUGGCUCUUGCUUCAGAUUUGAAUACUCUCUCACCGAAAAUGGUGUUUCCUGUGGCACUUUUGCCAACCCCUGUCUUGCCCAGGAGGACCAAGCGCAGUGGAUCUUUGUCUGUAAAAUAAUGCAACAAUAUUUGAAGAUUUAGCUCAUAUUUUGGAUUGUCAAUAUUUAUUUCAUAAAUUCAAUAUAUGUUUGAAUUUGUUGAUUAUCGACAGUGUUUUAAAACCAAGAUUUAAAUGAAAAGCUUAAGCUAUUUGCAUACUGUGGUUAUAGAGAUGUUCAUGUCCAAACAAGGUUUGGACUUGAACAUCUCUAUAAAUGUCCAAACAUUUAAGUUAAGGUGAUUUAAUAGACUACUAGUAGCUUCUGCCAAAAUAAGAAAAAAAAAACAAGCAAACAAAAAAUAGGCUUCUUGUUUAUAUUUAUCUGCAAUAAACAAAGUUAAAAUUUAGCCACUAGAUUGCAGUAAACUAUGGAAAUAUGAGCCAAAAAUCAUGCAUAGUUUUACAUAUAAUUUUGUAAAUAAAAAUUAGCCAAGAGGUAAUAAAUGCGAAGACUAGAAGCUUUUUGAUCUGUUUAAUGUUUGAUAAAAAUUAAAUACAGCAUGCUAAUAUUAACUUUAUCUUUUAUUGUUUACGAUGAUGAUGUUUAUACAAAUUAGCACCUUGCCAUUUCACACUCACCACAGGCAGCCAUGGUUAUUGCAGUAUUGCAGUUGAUAGUGUCUUCCUUUCGUGUUAGUUUUUAAAAUGAAUUUCUCAAAUCUUUCAUAAGUUUUAUAUACUGGUGUGGGCUUUGUAGACCCACCUUUCUGAUGUACACAACCAUAAAUGGAUAACUUGGCUCAUGAGGCUGGACUCUUUACAGCCUUAAAUAGUUUCAGCCUCAGUCUACCACAACUCUUUUGUCUGCUUCUCUGUCGACUUCAGAAAGGGACUUUUUCUUUCAAACUGUUGUGAUUUCAGAUCACAAUGUCUGCAAAGGCAAAGAAGACUUUGACUGAUAAUUCAGUCCAGAUCGUUUUAAUUGGUGCUACUGGCUCUGGUAAGAGCUCUUCUGGAAACACAAUAUUGGGCAAAACGCUGUUCAAAUCAGAAGCAUCUGCAAAGUCUGUGACACAGGAAUGUGAAAUUGCUACAGAGAUAAUCAAUAGCUGGAAGGUUACAGUAGUAGAUACUCCAGGCUGGGACUGCACUGCACUCACUGAAUGUGAGGUCAUGUCCCAAAUAAAACAGGCUCUACAACGUCUUGAUGGACCUUUCUCCUUUCUCCUGGUCAUACGUGUUGGCUCAAUGGAAUCUGAAGAAGAAAUUAGCAAAAUCUCUGAACUUCAAAAGGUGCUUGGCCGCACCUUUCUGGAUCACACCACAAUCCUGUUUUCACGCAGUGAUGACCUUGAGGGGAAAGAUUUUAAGGAGUUUAUUAAGGAAGGAGGUAAAGAGUUUCGUAAUCUGUUAAAGCAAUGUGGUGACAGAUACCACUGCUGGAACAAUCGAGAUAACAGGUCUGAUGAGGCAGUGGAAGAACUGCUAAAGAAUUUAAAAAAGACAGAGAUGAUAUAUCCAAGUUCCCAAGCAGAAAACCCUUCUGCUUUCUCCUCUUCUGGUGACCAGCAAGAAAAUGCAGUGACUAAUAGAAAGAGAUCUGGAGACGCAAUCGGCUCAGAAAUGGGUAUGUAUGAAAAUCAAAUCAGAGUUUUGUUCCUUGGAAGGAACAGAGUGGGAAAGACUUCAAGCAUCAAAACCCUUCAUGAAAAAUGUUUACAACAUGAAGGAGGUUCAAUUUAUACAUGCCCAAUCUCUGGACUGAGUCUGAAGCUGAUAGAAUCUCCUGGCUUUGAUGAUAAUCUGGAACAAAUUCAGGAGGCCAUCUCCAAAUCUGUGUCCGAUUGCUCUCCUGGACCUCAUGUCAUUAUUAUAGUGCUCAACGUGGACCGCUUCACUCCAGCAAUAAAGACAGCCAUGAAUUAUGUACAAGAUUGUCUUGGACGAAAUGCCAGAAAUUACACAAUGAUUCUCUUCACUGGAGCGGAUAAUUUGGAUGGAAAACCCAUUGAAACCUUCAUUCAAGAGAAUCAACAUCUCAAUGAAUUAGUGAAAAUACAUGAGAACAGAUUUCAUGCACUCAAUAACCGAGACACCACCAAUAAGCCCCAAGUGGAUGAACUGCUGAAGAAGAUCAAUUUAAUGUAUGAACAAAAUCAUAAAGAAUAUUACACAGAUUCUGAUCACAAAAAAGGAAUGCCAUCUUCAAGCAGUGGUUGGUUUAGUCAUGCAAAAACAACGGUCACAACUCGUUUAACAGGAAUCAGGACUCAUCUGGGAUUGUCUGAUUAGCCUAACAAGGAGGUUUGGGGUUCAACUCUGUGGACUGACUAGAGGACUUUCUGUGAGAGGAUUGCAUGUUCUCCUCGUGCCUGCAUACUUCGUCCUUGGAGUGCUCUGGUUUCCUCCCACACUCCAAAGACAUUGGAUCUAAUGACUAAACUCACCAUAGGUGUGAGUAUGAGUGUGAAUGGCUGUCUGUCUCUCUGCAUUAGGCCCGUGAUAGAGUUAGGGCGAUCUGUCCAGGUGUACCCCACCUCCUGUCCAGUGUCAGAUGGGAUUGGCUUCACCUCAUCCAUGACCUGUUAUGGAUAAGCAGUAUAGAAAAUAGAUGGAUGAUGUAAAACCACCAUCAGCUCACUCUCUCUUGGUGUGGUUAUGUGAAAUGUACUAUACAUUGCAAUUCAUGCUUGUUAUUUUUCCUUUUUGAUUGUAAACCAAUGUAUAUUGCACUUUGUAAUACUAUCCAUUGUAUCAUGAAAUUUUACAGAUAUCAUAACCUUAUCAUUUGUAUUUACUGGCUUGUUUUAUGAUUCGUGUUUGUAGCUCCUCAACAAUAAACAAGAAUAAAAUACAGAUAAACUGCAACUGUUCAACUGUUGAUUCCCCCCCCCCCCCAAUUUUUAAAAUUAUGUCUACAGCAUAUAAUUUGUACAUUUUAUUGGCAUUAUGUUUUAAAAUGGGGCAGGGAUAUAUGAUUCAGUGAUUCGUCUGAGUAUUUGUUUUAUUUAUGAUGCUUGGGUUUUUGUCAUUAAUCAGCCAUAAUAAAAACACUUGGAAAAAAUAAA